AGCGGCGGUCUGCGGCGGUUGCCGAGAGCUGCAAAUUACUUGGUCGACGCAGCGUCCCGAAGUUAACCGGCGACCGGCUUGAAAACGGAAAGCAAUUCUGGUGCCUGCAGCAUGGGUGGUGGCCGAGCCCGCAAAGGGGGCAGCAAUGGCGGAGGGGCAGCGGAAGAGGCGCCAGCACGGGCCAAGAUGAGUGCUCCUGGAGAAGCGCAGCAGGUGGCCCUGGUACGGGUGAAUACGGCGAGGAAAUCUUUUCCUGCCGCUUGUGAGACCCACAAGAAGCACAGGAAAAGGUUCUUUCGUGGAGGCACCUACGGUCUUUACCUGAGUGUCUCUCGGCGCAAACGGCGUCACCGUAAGGCUGGCUCAGAUGAAAGUGGAACUUCUAUGGACGGGGAGGCAACUGCGCCUGAAGCGGGCAAGGAGAACAGCUGUCCUCCACCAUCGGUGGAGGCUGCAGCAGAGGAGAGUGCCAGUGAAGGAAAUUCGCAGAAUGGAGCCCAGCCUGUAGAGGGCUCUGCUGGUUGGGACCACGAUUCAAGCAUUGCAUCAAGUGUCAAGAGUCGACAACGAGUAAAGCGACGCCUAAUGGAUGACCAUGUUGACGUCGACGAUGUGAGCCUCUGCUCGUCCAGCAGUCCGCCUGAUGGACCUGCCAAGAAAGUUCCUCCACCUCCACGCAAAGGUAUUAAUGGUGGUGGUCCCUUUUGCCAGGCAGACCUCAAUUGUGUUCGACUAGAGGUUGUGUGGGAUCACGAGUCACCAUCAUGCCAGUGGCCGUGCUGCUGCACAGAGCCAAGUAGACCUGCAACGGAGAACCAGCCACAUUGCCAAGGUCUGGACUCCUUGCAAGGCAGGGUUGUAGGAUGUACGCGGCCACUUAGGUCACAGCAGCUAGGACGUGCUUCAGUUCGGAUGCCUUUUGGAGCCUUCUGUGGUGCGCACCAGCACCGGCUGCGGCUGCACCACUGCUGUCCCCAUUGCGGCCUUUUCUGCACCCAAGGCCAUUUUGUGAUGUGCAGUGAAGGGCAUCUCUGGCAUAGUCAGUGCCAGCAGAAUGGAAAUUCGAAGGAAAGCUGCCCCCAUUGCGGAUGUGGUGGAUUUCAGCCGGUGCGCCUUGAAGCUCUUGGCUGCCCCCUUUUCCAGACAUCCCAGCAGUGUGCUGCACCAGGUCCUCGUGCACGUAUGUCAGUCCCAAGGCCAACAAAGCCUCCAGCACCAAGUAAUGAAAAAGGAGAACCAAAAAAAGUGAAGAAGGAGACCCAAGAGAGUGUGAAGGAGACUCAAGAGACCACUGUUGAGAAGCCUCCUAUAUCACCUGGACGCAAAGAAUUAGACCAGUUGGUGCGGCAUCUACGGCAAGCGGCUUCAUCCAGUAGUAGUCGUCCAGUUCCACAGGGUGCUGCAGGCACAUCUGUCUUGCUGGCUGCCUGCCGUCAAGGCGACGUUGAUAGAGUCGUUCACUGCCUGUCUGGCCGCGAUAUUGGCCCAGCAGACUCUGGAGCCUUGCUUGCAGCUGCCCAAGGAGGACAUCUAAUCUUGGUUCAUAUGCUCCUUCAGGCGGGAUUAUCUGUGCACCAGAGUGAUGAUCAACUGUACACACCUCUGAUGAGGGCAGUGGAUGCUGGAGCCCGUAAUGUUGUGGAGUAUUUACUGAAAGCCGGUGCUGAUCCUCAUGCCAAGGGUGAAGAUGGUAUGAGCUGCCUACACUUGGCUGCUCGGUGUGGCAGCCUGGAACUUUGCCAGGUGUUCCUGGAUGCAAGACUGCCCAUCAAUGGCCAGGAUGAAGGAGGAUGGACGCCUUUGGUAUGGGCUACAGAGCAUCGACGAGUCAAUGUUGUGCGAUUGCUGUUAUCCAAGGGUGCGGACCCAAAUCUCAGGGAUACUGAGGAGAACACAGCACUACACUGGUCUGCCUACUCAGGCAAUGUGGAGAUUUCAUGGAUGUACCUGGAGCGUGGCUGUGAUCCCAAUGCGAGCAAUGAGCGUGGCGACACUCCUCUACACGUGGCUGCAAGGCAGGACAACUUUGAUGUGGUGGUGCUGCUGCUGAACCACAAGGCUCGGUGUGAUGCUCCGAACAAGCUUGGUGACACACCACUGGCAUGCUGCAAGGAUGACAAAGCAACAAGCUACUCCUUACUUAGCAUCAACCAGAUGCUUGGACAGCUGCUCAAGAGCAAACUGCGUGUUGAGCGUGUACUUCACCGGGACAUCAGCAGAGGCAGGGAGCCACAUCCCAUCUCGUGUGUCAAUGGAGUUGAUGAUGAACCUGCUCCUACUGACUUCCUGUAUCUGGUAGAGAACUGUCAGACAGCUGCUGUUCCCCUGGACCGCUCUAUCACUGCUUUGCAGAGUUGUAAGUGCCAAGACAAAUGUGUAUCACAGAGUUGUGUCUGCUCAAACAUCAGUUACCAGUGCUGGUAUGAUGAGGAAGGCUGUCUUGUCCCGGAGUUCAACCUACUGGAUCCUCCAAUGCUGUUUGAGUGCAGCCGGGCCUGUCUGUGUUGGAAUGACUGCCGCAACCGAGUUGUACAGAAAGGCAUCACGUGUCAUCUUCAGCUGUUCCGGACACAGGGAAAAGGCUGGGGUGUUCGUACCUUGCAGGAUAUUCCCCAGGGUGCAUUUGUCUGCGAGUACAUCGGAGAGAUGCUCUCAGACUCAGAGGCAGAUAAGCGGGAAGACGACUCAUACCUAUUUGACUUGGAAAAUAGGGAUGGAGAAACAUACUGUCUGGAUGCCCGGCACUAUGGUAAUGUGAGCCGAUUUGUGAACCACCUGUGUGAGCCAAACCUGGUGCCCGUACGAGUUUUUGUGGACCACCAGGAUCUGCGGUUUCCUCGAAUGGCUUUCUUCAGUUCACGGCCCAUUGCCCGGAAUGAAGAAUUGGGGUUUGACUAUGGGGAAAAAUUCUGGAUAAUUAAGUACAAAAUGUUCACAUGUGAGUGUGGCUCACCGAAGUGCAAAUAUUCCAAGGAGCGCAUUGGUGAGACUCUGCUCAACUACCGACGCCGAGAAGAGGCUGCUGCUCAGGCUGGCGGGACCCAUUAAGCACUGGUACUCCUGUGGCCUUCACUGCCAGUUUAGUAUCUUUUAUGUAAAUUACUGGUUUUGGUGGCUUACCAUAUUGCACAGUCAACAACUGGGUGAGCAAUAUGAUCACCUUUGGUUACGUUCGUGCUGAUGGUACAUAGAGAGCUGCAUAUAUGUCUUUCCAUUUUAUCCUGUACCACUUGGACAAUAGUUAAAACUUGCACCAAAGUUAACAGUGUGCUUGGUUGUUUUUUGCACCUAGCCUAGGCAUGGCACAUCAGCAUUAAAAAAAAAGUCAUCCAAGUUGCUAUAUCUUCAAGACAACAAUAAUCGUAUGCUUUAAAGUCCAUGGUUUUAAAAACCACUGCAACCACUUCGUGUGAGUAAGCAGAUAUUUAGCUAUACACUGAUGAAUUUUCAUGUAGUACAUUUAAAUGCAUCAUAACACAGCAUUCAUUGGGAUAUGAUGUCUGCAACACAGGUGAUCAUGAAAUAUGUCCUGCUACUUCUUGCUCAAGCGGCUCUGCCCUGGAGUGAGAUUCACAGUUUCAUGGAAAACAUCUGCACAUAUUGCACAAGCUGUCUGCAAGAUUCGCAAGUUUUUAACGCACACUCACCAGUCAAAACGUGCUGUGAGCAAAAGCAAACUCGGUGAAGGCUACCAAGAACUAAAUGCUCCUUGCAUGUCCUCGCAGGUUGUGCUACAGAUAACAUGUGUGGAUUUCUGCAUGAUAGCUACAUUUUUCAUUAGAAUGUAUGGUAGCAUGGUGGAUGUUCCAAAAAGUAGAACUGUAGUGUUCUGAAAAUAUCGCGAGUCCCUAAACACUUCUUUUUAAGUCAGGCACUUGCGGUAGCUCUUUUAAGUAAUUUAAUUCUAAAGGAAUGAAAGGGUAACUGGAGUCUGGGGAUUUGUUCAUUUUGAAAACAUCUGAAUGUGCUGUAUGUUACUGCUGUUGCAGUUUGCUGUGAGGUUCGGUUCAUAAUUUUUAAUGUGCUGAAAGAUCAGAGACGUCACCCAAGUUCAAAGACAGUGCUUGACUAAAAAUCUCAAGGUGAUGGUAUGACUGUCCAUUAUGAGGACAUUCAUUUGUCUGAGCCAGCAUUUGGGAAGAGAAAUGUCCCACUUGCAUUCUGCUUUCCUGUUGUGUGCCUGCUGAGCUUUAACCCAUUGGGCUUUUAAAGACCAGUUCUGCAGUCCUCAUUAGAGCCCCUCUAAGCCUUCAGGGCAUAGUGGGACACUUAAGAGAAACAUUAAAUCAGUUAGAAUGGUGAAGUAUUUUGAAACUCUAUUUUUCUAAAUUUUAUGGUAACAUGUAAUUGCUAUAUGAACAAUGAAGGUCAAAGUUUAAUUUAAUUUAUUUUAUGCUAAAUUAGCAACCCCAUAUGUCAAUGUGACUUAAGAAAUUUAAAAGUAACUCUUCUUCCUGCUUAGGCUAUUGUGCCACUGCAGAAAUUCUUGAAAUUUGCUGAAGUCGUUGGCUUCUUUAGAACACUAUGUAGUCGAUCUUAUAGCAAAACAAAUUGACCAGGCUCAAGCGUACACCCAUAAAAUCUAUGGCAUCAUAGCUGACCAGUGCAGAAACUUCGAAGUGACAUUGGUACCAUGCAUCUUUAGUCUUUACGUCUUUUCUGACAUACCAAGCCUCUUCUCAUGGUAAGAGCAGGAAAUUUUUCAUGCACAGGCAUUAGACCUGUGUAUGUAGGAUAUUUAAACAUUGUGAUAAUAUGCAGAAGUUGCUAAAUUCUAGUCUUGUGUAAACUAUUUUUUUUUUUUUUGCAUUUUGUCGGUCAUUGGAAAACGGGAAGUAAAAAAUGAAACAGCAGCACAUUGAGAUGCAACUUAUUUCAGUCCCUUUUAUAUGUGUUUUGAACAUUUGUAUGAAUGAAGUCAUUGGCCUUGUAUUGCUAUCAGAUCAGAAGCUUUAUUGACCAUGUAAAAAUGCAAUAGCAUAUUCUGAUGUAAUUCAGUGUGCAUAUGUAUAUACAUGUGUAUCCUGUAUUCAUUGUGUGGGCAGUGUACUAACAUACGCCUGUCUAGGAAAUGACUUAAAUGUUACUUCUAUUUUUUCUAAUACCAUGUGAUCACAGCAUCUUGCCUGUAGAAUGGGGCAUCAAACACACGUACACCUGACUGCAAAAUCCUUUCAGGGCACAAGUCACAACAAGCAUAACUGUUCUCAAAUUCAGCACUCCACCUGCACUACAGGAGUGCGACAUUAUGUAGCAUAUAUUUAGUACUGGAGUUUGAGUUUUAUGUGAUGUGCACUUACUGCUUUGAAAUUUACCUAGUUUUUAUCACAAAUCGAAAGCUGAAAACUUUUCCAGUUGGGGUACAUCAGAACUUUAGGGCAUGCAUAGCGUGGUGUUUUAUUUCAAUUGCAUCCUUAAAUAUUAGCAUCAAUGGCCAGCCUGUCUAUAUUUGCCGUUCUUGCUGUAACUGUCCCUACUUAUUAAAAAUUGGUAAUUUUAUACAAAAUGAUUGGUGCUGCACAUACACAAGCAGCACAUACACAAGGCCAAUAAUUGCCAAUAAAUUCUUUAUUUAACCACCUUUUGCUAGUUAACCUAUAAUAACUUUACUCAGAUAUUACAAUUGCAGUACGCAAUUGUAAUAUCUGCAUGUAAUAUUGCAUGAUCCCUUGCUCUUUUUCAGUCAACGUUAUCCUUGAACUUAUAGGUUUUUACUGGUAAAAUGUGUUGACUGUAUACUUCUCUUUAUAGGAUAUUGGUAGUUGCCUGUCAUGAGCUUGGAGUGGGUGUCACAUGCACUCUAACUCACUUUGUUUUUCGAGAUUUUAAUCUCAUUAUCCUCGUGACAAUUAUCACCAGAAACUAUCGUGUCACAAAUCUCUUUUUAAUAAUUAGAGACAGCCAUAAGCAUGCCUUUACACUGUUAUAUUCUGACAUGACAACAUAUUUUGCUUUUGCAGGCAGAGCUUGUGCUAAAUUAUUACGUUGGGGCUAAGCAUUGCUGUAGUGUGAAAGUGAUGCUGUGUUUGAGAUGCAAGUGUAUUUUCUUCCUUUAGAAAAUUUAUCUCUUCACAUGGCCAGCAGUACUGUUUCUUAAGCAUGAUCUGUGAUCCUGGUAGUAGCUUAACUAUAGAGAGUUGAAUCUUUGGUACUUGUAGUGUACCACAUGUAAUGUUACCAACACUAAACUUUACAUGUGAGCACAAAAAAAAAGUAUGACAGCUUUGAAGUUGUGCAACUAGCUGUGAGGUUAUUUCAAAAUUUUAGCAUAGUGGGCUUUUAUCUUUGGUGUUUACAUUUGGUUUACCAUGAUGAACUGCUGCAAAAAAAAAGGGAGAAAGAUGUUUCAGCAAAAUGAGGAUAGUGAAUCAAGUGCUUAUUUCUUCAAGGUGAUGACAGUGGCAUGAAUUGACAGCUGUUGCUAGUUUUUUCACCAGUGUGGAAGGGCCCAUUUGUCUGCAUGUGCAUGUCAGAAAGCAUUGUUCUUUUGGUUUUUUUUUGCUUGUCUAUUUUGUUUACACACUCAACUGAGAAUGACUGAAAAAUGUGUGUAUCUGUGAAGUGUUUAUCUCCAGUCUUUUUGUAUUUGUGAGAGUGUAAGUUGUAUGGGUGUAAUUGUUUAUCAUCUAAGUAAUCUGCUAUCAUUGUUGUGUGUGAAAAGAGUGCGUUUUACCCUUGUUGAUAUUCGUGUCGUGUUACAUUCUGGGAGAUGCUGUGACUUAGCCUUCAAAUUUCAGUGUGUCCAUGGAGAUUCAUAUAAAUGUGUCUUGUGAAAAUGGAAUGUUCAUACAGAAUAAGUAGAGCAACAUUGGCAUAUUUUAUUUUAUCUUUGAUCACCUACUAGCUGUUUUAAAAUGACAACUAGUACAGUGAUAGACGCAAACAUCAAAACAGUGCAUUUGCACCAUCAGUCAUGACUGCACUUACUGUAUGCUUUAUUUUGCUAAAUUAUCUUUUUUGGCACAAGGCUGAUUUUUCUGCACCUUUGCUUUUUCUGCUAUGUGAGUGUGUCUGUAAGUUUUUAUAGUUUGUCAGUGAUUUCUUAGAAACUCAAUAAGGUCUGGAUGAGUGGCCUUCUAAGGCCUGGCAGUAUUGCUGUUGAAAGUGUAUUUGUGUUGGCAUUGAUGCGCUAAGCUCGCGCUGCCCUCUUAUGGAAAGCUUGUUGGAGUUUCUGGGGAAAUUAGUCCAGUGGCUUGGAGAAAUGACACUGCCUUGUGCAUGGUGAAAAAAAAAGAAAAAAGACUGAUAGCCCCAGCCAUCCCAGAAUUCUAAAAACUAGCUGGAAAUAGGCAGUAAUAUAUGUUGGAUCAUAAGCAAUAAUUUUUCUAAAUCACUGCUGUAAUUUCCACAUAAGCAAGGUGGUUUAUUUAAAUGCACAUGUAUGGUGCAAGGCAAGCUGAGCUGCCUGAGAAAAAAAGUUGCAUGUAAUUAUUAGUCAAAUAACAUAAGCAUCAUUGUCUCUAAGGGUUGCUUGCUAUGUCAUAAAGUGUGUGGUUAGAGUUAAUGUUGCUGUAGCUUGCAUUUUGGCUAGGUUGGGGUGCUUGGAUCCACAUAUUCAGAAUGAUGAUUUUUUUAUUUGAUGCUGCAUGCUGCUCAUGGGUUUAAACAAGGUGCCAAAAAUAGAAAGCUGUGCUCCCUCAUGCCACACUCGCAGCCUUUGUUGACCUUUAAGCAGCAUGGAGGAAGGGUGCCCUGCUUAGAGCAGAGAAAAGAAAAAGCUUCCCCUAAAGUAGGGGUUUUUCAGCAUGACAUUGUAAAGAGUGAUAUCCAGGCUUCCCCGCAGUUUUUUUCCCCUUCCUCUGAAGCUUCACAUGUCUGUUGUCGUGGAGUGUACAUUGUGUUGUCACUGCUCUACAACACAAUGAGCACAGUAUGUUGUAUCGUGUACAAUGCAUCAGCUUCCAUAUGCAAGAGGUUUUUACCAAGAGCAGAGCGAAAUUUGGAAAAUAAGCUAGUGGAGACAUCUCUAAGCACAGCAGAUAACACAUGCACGGGCACAAGGCAGUGGUCCCAGGCCCUUUAACUUUGUCCAUCCCCAGGACUCUGUAAUGAAAGAUAUACAUGUGUGGCCUUCAAGGGACACUAAAGUGAAACAGUGAAUUGGUUUAAAUUGAUAAAUUGUACUCUGAGAACACUAAUGUCAUUAAUUUCACCAUCAUAGACAUAUUAAUAGAGGAAGAAAUUAAGGUCAAACUUUUAUUUUUGAAUUUCUCCACUCAUAUCACGGAUUUCAAAGUGUGUUUUUCAUAUUUUGGCGACAUUGGCUCAACGAAAUUUCCUGAAACUUGGUAUGUUAUGUCCACUGUGCCCUCAGAGGACAACGUACUUCAUUUUUACUGAUAAGAAACUGCGUGGGACCUAGUACGUGCCGUCAAAAUCUAUGAUGUCAUGGCGUUUGGUGUGGAAAUUUCAAGGCAACGUCGCCACCGCAUUUUCUUUUUGAGCAUUUUCUCGCUUAUGAAGAGCCUUCUCGCGGUAAGCGUAGUGAUUUUGGAAUUGUGAAACAGUAAGUUACUUGUAUGAGAAAAAUCAUUUUUCACUUUAGUGUCCCUUUAAGUGGCAAAAGUGUCUCACUGUAUGUCUGGCUUUAUUUGCUUUUUAUGGUUGAUGCUUAUAUGUUAUUUAACUGCACUCUUUGUGUUGUUCCUUCACUUUUUUGUUUAUUCUUCUUAAGCUUCGUUGUGCAUUUCGUAUUAGGACCUUAAUAAGGUGAUAAUGUCCGCAAAAUACUAAUAAAAGUCUUACAGUAUUUAUUUUUGUGGACCUAAAGACAGUUCUGCCAGUACCGGUGUUAUAUUUAUGUGUUUGGUGGCAUGGUUUGUACUUCAUACUUUUGUACUGCCACUGAGAUGUGUUCUGUUUUUUUUUGUGUGUGCACUGCUUUCUAUUGCAUUGUAGACAGGUGCUAAAAUAUACAUGAUAAAAAACUUUAGAUAACACUUACCUUUGGUAAUAUAAAAAAAGCUAACUCUUCAGUUCUGUUCAAUUUGUCUCCUUUGUGCUGUUGUGGACAGUUGAAACAGAAAUCGAAAAGUAAAAGGAAUAUUGUAUCAGAGUUUCAUAGCAUACUGAUAUGUGACUAGUCCGCAAAGAUGUUGCCCUUAGCUGGAACCAUGCCAGUACCACACAAAAUAGCAAAAGGGGAAAUGAAUUGAAAUGACAUUUCGUUAGCUGUAACUUGUUUACAUUUCAUUGUUCACGAUACUACAUGGUAUAGUGGUUUUGAAAUGAGUGCCCACUGUGAGAAAGUUGUUUGUAUUCCAGAGUUGUAUGCAGAAUAUGUUCUUGGCUUGUUAAUUUAAGUACUGCAGUUAAUGGAUAACAAACCAAGUGUUAGCAUCCAAUGCCUGUUUCUAACAUUUUGUUCUUUGCUGUGGCUGUUAGCUUUUAUCUUGCAUGUCUCUCUACAUCUUGUUGUAUGCAUCAUUUUACGAUGAGAAGGGCCCCCUUUGAAGCCCUCCUUGAAAAGUCAUAUUUAGGCACCACAUCUGUCCUGUGACAACGCUCUCUGUACCACUGGCACCCACUAAAUGUUUUUCAAUGUA